UGUUCUCUCACUCAGGGACUUUCAGCUUCAUCUGACCCUCAAAUCAUAUCUCAUAUAGUCUCAUCUGAAGCUGAUUUUAAUACAGGAACAGAAAUGUCUGCUGGAACUGCGUCACGCUGCUACAAUUUCCUGUUUUUCAGCGUCUUUGUCUUUGUCUCAGCAGAGCAGAAAACCAUCACAGCUGAGUCUGGACAGGACGUCACUCUGACAUGUCGAACUCCAAACAACAACAUCACAGCUGUACAUUGGAGCAGAGCUGACCUGAGAGAUAAAAAUGUGCUUUUGUACCAGGAUGGUCAGUUUGAUCCAGAUCAUCAGCAUCCAUCUUUUAAGAACCGGGUGGAUCUGCAGGACAAACAGAUGAAGGAUGGAGACGUGUCUUUGAUUCUGAAGGAUGUGACGAUUAAUGAUGCUGCAAGAUACAAGUGUCAUGUCCUUAUGAAUGAAACAGACUCAUGGAAACUCGUCAGCAUCAUCCACCUGAGGGUUUCCCCAGACCAGAAAAACAUCACAGCUGAGUCUGGACAGGACGUCACUCUGACAUGUCGAACUCCAAACAACAACAUCAAAUCUGUACAUUGGAGCAGAGCUGAGCUGGAAGACAAAUAUGUGCUUUUGUACCAGGAUAAGCAGUUUGUUCCAGAUGACCAGCAUCCAUCUUUUAGGAACCGGGUGGAUCUGCAGGACAGACAGAUGAAGGAUGGAGACGUGUCUUUGAUUCUGAAGGAUGUGACGAUUAAUGAUGCUGGAACAUACAAGUGUGGUGUUGUCCAGGAGAUCGGACAACCUAUGAAACUCAUCGGCAACAUCCAACUUCAUGUUGUUCCUCCAGGUCAGACAGGAGGACAAGAGAAGGAAAGAGGGAAGAAGGAAGAAGUGAAAAAGGAAGAAGGGAAGAAGGAAGAAGGGAAGAAAGAAGAAGGGAAAAAGGAAGAAGGGAAGAAGGAAGAAGGGAAGAAAGAAGAAGGGAAAAAGGAAGAAGGGAAGAAGGGAAGAAAGAAGAAGGGAAGAAGGAAGAAGGGAAGAAAGAUGGAGGGAAGAAGCAUGAAGUGA